GUGGAAAUGAAUACAUAAAUGGGUAGUAGGUAGUAGGUUUUUCAUUCACAAAUUCAUUGAUCGAACCAGGCAAAACAUGGGCAUGCUGCGGCAGGCCCCCGGCGCCGAAGCCUUUUGUAUCAGGAGGGAAUGGAAGUAUCCGGUCAGUAUUUCCAAAUGUACAAGCAGUUUCAACUACUACCAGCAAAUUCAGCAUGACAUCCAUCAAAAUUAGUGCUUCUUGUCUUCCAUAUAGUGUUUAUGUCCGAACUUAUUUUCCACAAUCAUCUCACCGUUGCUUCUUCUCAUCACCUCCGCCCUCAUAUUCUUCAUCUCUUCAAAAAGUACCCGUCCAUGAGAUUGAAGCCGAGAUCACUCCAAUCUCAAGCCCACUCUACAAUUUUCUCCCGGAUACAGAAAAUCCUAACAAAACAGUCGCCCUCGUAUGUUCUUCCUUAAAGCAGAGAAACCCAAGAGGCGCCAGCCUAAAAGAGGAGCUUUCUAGUCGCGUUUUAACAAGCUCCGAGAUCUCAAAGGUCCUCCUGCGAUGUCAAUCCGAUUCUCACGCCGCUCUUUCCUUCUUCGAUUGGGCCAGAAGCAUCAAUGGCACUAGUAACAGGUUAGACACGCUCAACUACUGCCUUAUGGUCCACAUAUUGGCUUGGUCUAGAAAUUAUUCCAUGGCAAUGCAGACUCUAUCCCAGCUUGUCCAGCUGACUACCACGGCGGCAAAGGGGGAUUCUGUUUUCACUGGCUUGAUCCAUGGUACCCGGAUGUGCAACUGGAGUCCUGUGGUGUUUGAUAUGCUUAUUAGGGUUUACGUCAGGGCUGGAAUGCUAAAACGUGGAUUUAAGACAUUUCAAAAUGUCAUCAGAAUGGGGGUUUCGCCCAAUGUCAUCACAAUUAAUAUCCUCUUGAAUGCUCUCUCCCAGGCAAAUCAUUUUUCGAAUUGCUGGAAAGUGUAUGCCCAAAUGGAGAGAAUUGGGGUGAGCCCGAACUCAUGCACUCUCAACAUCAUGAUUCAUUCCCUCUGCAAGAGCGGGGAUGUGGACAUGGUGGAUGAUUUUCUUGAAAGAAUGGAAGAAGAAGAAGGAUUGGGACCCGAUAUCAUUACCUAUAACAUGUUAGUUGACAGUUAUUGCAAGAGAGGGCGACUAAAAGAUGCAGUUUAUCUGUAUUACAUUAUGUACAAAAGAGGAGUGCCCCCAGAUUUAAUAACCUAUACUUCCUUGAUUAGUGGUUUCUGCAAGGGAGGAAAUGUCAAAGAUGCUCAUCAGUUGUUCCUCAGAAUGAUCCAUAAAGGUUUCAAACCAGAUUCUAUUUCGUACAACACUCUUUUGCAUGGAUACUGCAAAGAAGGAAUGCUGCAUGAGGCCAAGGCUUUGUUUCAUGAUAUGAUUCAAAAUGGAGUGGGCCCUGACGAUUUCAGUUUGCAGAAACUACUAGAAGGAUAUAGGGAACAUGGGAAACUUAUCUCAGCGUUGAAUUUGAUUUUGGAGCUCCCGAAGUUUGGGCUUUUAAUAUCUCAUGAGAUACAUGAGUACAUGAUUGUAGCUCUGUGCGCAGAUAAUAGACCAUAUGCCGCCAAGAAUAUCUUGGACCAUAUAUCUAAACAAGGGUUUGAACCAAACAUGGUAAUAUACAGAGAGUUAAUUGUUUCUUUUUGCAAUUGCAACUAUGUGGAUGAGGCACUGUGUUUGAGAGACGAGAUGGUGGGUAAAAAGUUCAAGCUCUGUUUGGAUUCAUACAGAGGGAUCAUUAAUGGUUUGUGUGUAUCAAGUCGAAACCUAGAGGCAAAUUCCAUCUUGCAAGAAAUGAUUGAUUCAGGGUUGGAACCAGACACUGAAAUUUGUAGAGCUUUGAUUACAGGACAAUGUGAUGAUAAGAACUUUGAUGAAGCGCUGUUCUUACUAAUCCGGUUUGCUGAAAAUUUUCAAGUUUUUGAUUCAGUUUGUUAUAACAAAGUUGUGUGUCUUCUUGGUGAGAAAGGCAAUGUUGGUGAGUUAAUGGAAUUUCAAGAGAAAAUGAUGAAAAUGGGGUUUACACCGAGUCAACUGACUUGCAAAUAUGUUGUUGGCGGGCUCCACAAAGCUAUGAAGUUUCACAAACACUAACAUCACGAUGCACUGGUCAACAUUUAUGCUCCUUAAGCAUCAUACUUUUUCUACCUUGUGUGACCUAAGCCUUCAACACUAUUCAGUGGGUCAAAUCCCUAACCUAGUAAGGUUUCAUAUAGGCCCUGAUUCUUGACAGAAGCAGACAAGCAGUCAACUGCUUGAGCUGAUGUAUGUUUGGUGCUCGCUCUUUCCGUCACAUUAUAUGUUCCUCCCUCCAUUCCACAAUUAAAUUCUCACUUGCCACUCUCCUUUUUGAGAUUUCCCAAAAUCAAGUUCUUACUUCUCUUUUUGGUACUAUUUGAAUGGAAAAAUACACUUUUACCCAUAUUCAGUAAGAUCUCCAAAAAUUUACAUGACAGAGGUAUACACAUUUUUUCAUUCAGAACCAGAAUCAUUGAUAACUGAUUCCGGAAUUGCAAUUAGAGGAACCAGAAACAAACCGGUUGUAUAAUGUUCGGUUUAAGGUUGUUGGAGACGGGUGGUUCCUAUGUGGUAAUCACCCGUUUGAGCCACUUUUUAAUGUGACAUUUCGUUUAUAGCUCCAGCCACAUUUUUUUAAUUUUUUCAUAUUUAAACUUUUGCCUUUUCACUUUUUUUCUGCUAAACUUUUUUUAUUUAAAAAAAGUUAUCUCUUACAACUAAAACCUAACCCCUAAAUCCAUUUAGAUCGAAGUUGUCUGGAGAUUGAUGUCAGGCGCUGGUAAUUCAAGCUUCACACUCGCCGAUUUCAAUCCGAAGAUGGAGGAGUAUCUAUCUCCCAGUAACUCGUCUCGUAUCAUCUUCUUCACAAACGCAUAAUAGAUCACGUUCUCAUCAAAAUCUCAACCUCAGAGUCUAUCUUCUUCUCAGAAAUACAUAGGUAGAUCUAUCCAAGUCUCACCAAGUUCCUUAGAUCAAAUUCUGUCUGCUGCCUAUGCCUCUGACGGCACUAGCUUUUGAUUGAAUACAACUUAAUGGUGGCCCUUCCCGAGCUUCGAAAAGCAAUCUACUACUCUUCCCCACUCUUUGCACCUCUAGGCGAAAUCAGCUCCUUUAUCUUAUUCGAGUAGCGCCACAUAUAAAGCAGCAUCGAAGAACAUCGAUUAGCGCUCCCGAGAUGAACACCAACAGCAAACAAGUGGCAACAGCACUUGAUAUAAACUAUUUUUCUCACUCCAUGUACAGUGAGUGUGGAUGUGAAUCAGUGAGGAUGGGGCAUUUUGCCUAGAGUGCAGCUGAUCGGUUGGCUCUGAUUGAGCACUAAAAAACUCCAGUCUUCACCAAAUUUUAGUAUGUUGCUCCUGCAAUAGACCUUCUCAUAUCCUAUGGUGUAUGAAUGGAAAAGAACUACAUGAAAAUGAUGAUAAUAAGAUUGAAUGCUUCAUGGUUUUCAAAAAAAAAAAAGAUUAUCGAGGAGAAUAAAGACAAGACUUACAUUUGAUGAAGUGUGUGUUGAUCGAGAGACAUGUAAAGAAGAAAGAAUGAUAAGAACAAGUAAUAUCGAGGAGAAAAGUGUGUAAAUAUUUACACACAAAUUAUGUAAUAGAGAUUUGUGCAGAGGAAAGAGAAAUAACAUGAGCCACAAAUUGAUUUAUUAAAAGGGAAAUUGACAAUGUUUUUAAUACAACAAAAAAGGAAAGUUGACAAAGUUAUAAGGGACGGAGGGAGUACUAUUUAGUUGAAUAGUUAAUAAUUAUACAAUCAUUUUACACCUAUAGCAUGAAGAUUGAAGAUCAUACGAAGUAGUAGUUAAGUUUAUGCAUCUCGAUAGAAUCAUAUUUUACCAAACUCCUUUCAUCACUAAUUCGAUGUAAUCCUGUUAUGAGGUGUAUAUAUCCCGAUUUUUUGGAACAUGAAAAUACACUUUAUUAUCUUGCAUAUAUGGUAUUUACUCAUAGGUUACAAAUCCAUCCAGAUUAAAUAAAUUU